AUGAUUCAGGCGACGUCCGGCGAAUCCCGCCAUCGCGAAGCACAGCCCGAGCUCCCCUCGGACCGCGACACCCUCCCAUCCAGCUAUAUCCAGCACUCAAGGCCACCAAAGCCCACCCGCGACCCUCCCCCCAUGGCUAGAGUUUCGGGCAUCUUGUCCUCACCCAUGGACAUGCCGUCCUCCUCUCGUCCGGGAGGAACGACCAGUGGACACCUUGCUACUGCUCGGGGACGAAGCGGCCAUGGAGAUUCCUCCUCUGCUCCCAAGUCCUUAAUCUGUCGCAAUUAA